AGUAGUCACACUAUUACAGGAAGUAGAGCAGGUAUGGGAAAUGCAAUUGGAGUCGUGUUUAUAAAAGAUGAGGUGGUUCGACGAGUGAUGGGUUAAACAUUUUUCAGCGAGCUAUUUGUGGCCUUCUGCUUUGCACGCCAGCUACAGACAGAACAGCAUGGAGACGCUUCUUUUUCUAUUUCCUCAAUUCAACUACAUGGCCCCAAAGGAGGAAGCGUAUUUCAAAAUGCUUGGUCCAGAAGACUUACAGCCACCAAAGAUGAAGGACGACAGUAGCAGACAGAAAGACAAGGAGAGGAAGAGCCGACUAAGCCUUUUUCUCACCAAGUCAGGCUCUCAUGAAAACGUCAGUCCCAGCAAGAAGACAAAUACGACAUCGAGAAACAUCCCAGCCGAGACGGCUCUGCAGUGGAGCGACUCCUUUGAAGAACUGCUAAAGCACUCAGAUGGGGUGGAAACCUUCGCUCAGUUCUUGCGGACAGAAUUCAGUGAAGAAAACAUUGAGUUCUGGUUGGCCUGUGAAGAAUUCAAGACCAUUGAUUCAGAAACCAAGCUGCUGUCCAAAGCCAAAUACAUUUAUACAAUUUUCAUUGAAUCGGAGGCUCCUAAAGAGGUCAACAUUGACUAUAACACCAAGAUGGCCAUCCAGAAGAACAUAGCACAGCCCACAAAGAGCUGCUUCGAAGCGGCCCAGGUGAAGGUCUACAGCCUGAUGAAAAAGGACUCCUACCCCAGGUUCCUGCACUCUGACAUUUACAUGCGCCUCACCGGGAGGAGAGGACCCGGUGGCCCCAUGAUUCGCAGAAGGUCACGCUCCUGUGUGUUCAACAACAGGGGAGAGGCCACGACGGAAACUUCCGCCUGGUAGUUGUAGCGUAGCAGGAGCAGUAGCUCACACUGCGAAAUGGAUUAUCACGCAGGGGAUGACCCAUGUUUUGCAGCACAAUUGUCGAAGCGUAGUGUGUGAUGGAGAGGUUUGUAAUCUACAGGUUUGCUUCUGCUGAAUGUGUUUUUUCAUAACCACAGCAGUCACAGUGCAUUAUUCCACAUACACUGCAGUGUUAGAUGAAAAUAUUGCCAAUAUUUUUGUAUACAUGUGUGAAAGGUAAAUGUGUAGCUACAGCUUGCAGUUGGCUAUCUUAACUUAGCAUCUGGUCUGGUAACAGAGGGAAACAGAUAGCCUGGCUCCGGUCAGCAGAAACAAAGCUGAAAUACCGGCUGCACUAAAGCUCCCGGAACAAACCUUAAUGUCUUGAUUGUUUCAUUUGGACUGAGAGUAAAACCAACAUAUUUCUACAGUGUUCCUGGGUUGCCUGGCAACCUCACAGGAAUGACAGCAUCUAAUGAAGCAUGUCUCCCAGUUUUCCUGUUUCCAGUCUUUGUGCUUAGGUGAGCCAACUGGCUGCUGACAUGGAACUGGUAUUAAUCUUGUCAUCUAAGCCUCGGCGAAAAAAAAAAAAGUAUGGCUUGUUUCUUAAAAUUCGGUGUGUAUUGUACUGCACAGCAGGAUAACAGCUGACACCAUUAGCCUUCAGGGGCAAGAAUACAUUCAGAGGAGCCACAGGCCACAGUCUGGCCAAUCAGACUCGACUGUGGCAUAAAGUCAGGUUACUCUACAGCAUCUGUGGAGCAGCACCUCUUAUUGAUUGGACCUGCAGUGAUGAUUUUUCAGAUCUGUCUAAACUUGAAUGAUUAAGGCGACAGAAUCUCAGAGGAAGUGCCUGCACGUUACUGACAGUACCCAGCCGGCCGCACAGGCGCCUGCAAUUCAGGCAACUCUCCUGACUUCAGACGUGUUCCACUUCUCUUCCAAUCCAGCAAUAGCACUCGCAUACGACAUUAAUACAGUCGAUGAUUAAGGUGCACAGGCUAAUCUGACCGUAUCUCGUUAAAAUGAAUCCAUGAUUGUAUUCCUUGCACUGUCCCCUCCAGACUAACUUGCUGUGACAGUCUCCAGACACAGUUACUGCAAAGCACUGAAGCUUUUUUAACAAAGGAUAUGAAUCUCUUACUUCUGUUAUUAAUUUAAGUAUUCCAUUUUCACACUCAUGUAUCUUAUUUGAAUACUAAUAUUGCGUUAUAUUAAUUAUUAUUGCUGUUCUUCCGUUUGCAUUCAUCUUAUAUAAUUUAAGUGUUCCUGUGAUCAUACGUGUUGACUUGCUGUUGUAAAAUGUACAUACUAUAAUAUGUGGAGUGCCUCAAAUAAACACUUUCUUAUAUUUA